UAUUUUAUUACUCCAAGAGUCUGCCUCCCUGAGAUCCUUGUAUAGACUAGUUAUUUCCCUCUGUAAAGAAGCUGUUCAGUUCAUCCUUGCCUGGUUUGGAAGCAUCCAAGGCAGGCAGUUCUUGCAGCCCGUCUCCCUUCCACUCCCCUCCUCCCCCAGUCCUGGCUGGAGCAGUGAGUCUGUCAAUCCCAGGCAAGAGACAAGGCAGACAAAGGUUUAUUUGUAAAGAACCUCCUUCUAGCACCUCCUUUCUCCUUCUUUUGCCCAAACUCACCCGGUGAAUAGGAGCAUUUAAGAAGAUUCUUCUGCCAAGAAGACCAAAAGGAACGAAGAAAAAAGGGGCAAAAAGCCAAAAUGAAAUUUAUAGUUCUUGCUGUCACUGUUGGACUAACUUUGCUGCUAGAAGUCCAAGCCAUGCCUGCAAAUCGUCUCUCUUGCUACAGAAAGAUACUAAAAGAUCGCAACUGUCACAACCUUCCAGAGGGAGUAGCUGACCUGACAAAGAUGGAUGUAAAUGUCCAGGAUCAUUUCUGGGAUGGGAAGGGGUGUGAGAUGAUCUGCUACUGCAACUUCAGCGAAUUGCUCUGCUGCCCAAAAGAUAUCUUCUUUGGACCAAAGAUCUCUUUUGUGAUUCCUUGCAACAAUCACUGAGAAUCUUCAUGUAUUCCAGAAGACUAUCACCAUCUCUCAUUUCCCACAUACUGCACUAUAUCAGCAUAACUGCAUUUCAAGUUUCAAUCCAGUGCAAUAAAGCACAGGUUCUAUAAAUUCUUACUUGUCUAACACAAUAAACCUGAGUUAAAUAAACAGUAAUAAACAUUACUUCAAUUAAAAUUUUCCCUGUGGA